AUGGCCAAAGGCGGUUCUAUCGAGGGUGAGAAAUUGCGCGGCCUCCAACACCACCGAGCACCCCAUCGGGUCUCAAGUGGACUGCAAAUAACCUCCGUGGAUCCCACCAGCCCUCGAGGGAAAGUGGAUGUGGGGACAGCGGCGGUAUUAGUGGAGGGGGGGACGGAGACUCCUGCAGAUGAGGAGAUGGAGGAGGAGACAAGCUGUUUCACUACCAGCCAAUCGGUUGUUAUAACGCGUUGCCCCGGAGUCACCAAACACGUGGAGAAGGAGAUAGUGGAACAGAAAGCCACGAAGGUCAGCAACGCCUUGCAGACGUGCGAGGUCAGUGAUGUGAUUCAGGGCAGGGCGAGAGAGAAGUUCGAGCUUCAGAGACUCAAUGAUCGACUUUCAAGUUUCAUCGAAAGGGUCCGUCUAUUGGAAGCCCACAAUCGUAGCCUAGCAAAGGAAGCGUCGAAUCUGCGUUCCAACUACAGCGGUGAUAUCAGUCGUCUGCGCGGUGUUUACAACGCGGACUUGGAACAGCUGCGUGCCUCCUUGGCAGCCUCAGAGGAUCGAUGUGCGCACUAUGAGGUUCGAGCAAAACGCGCCGAGGCGGAGCUCAACGACGUCCAGCAGGUACUUCGCGCCAAGGAGAAACAAACCGCGUGUGACCAGGAACGCCUGAAGACUCGUACAGAACAACUCAAAGCCGCAGAAAACGAAGUUCAAGAAAUUCAACAACGCUGCACCUCGAUGGCCGAGGAGAGGGCGAAAGAGACGUGUGAAUUUAAACGAUUACAGGAGCAGCUGAAGGACGCCUGCCUUGUGAGUUUCGCGGUGAUGCGUGGUUUGCAGCAGAGCUUGUUGCAACGCCUUGUUUUGGCCCCCAGUAACUGGUGA